GUAUCAAAAUCAGUUGUAGCCUGCACUGUCAAGUGAAUCUUCUUCUUUGAAUCCUUAAACAAGUUCCAAACCAAAAACACUCUUCAUCAUGAUGGAUCUAGCUGGAAAGAAUGUUGUUAUUGUUGGAGGAUAUGGUGGCAUUGGAAUGGCAACUGCACGCCUACUCUUGAAGAAGAAGAUUGCGAAUCUAGUGAUCGCCAGCCGUUUGGAAAACAAUGAGAACUUACGUAAACUCCAAGCUGAAGCUCCCAGUGUAAACAUCCUUUAUGUUCAAAUGGAUAUUACCAAGCGUCAGAGUAUCGAAAAGGGAAUGAAAGAGAUCGCCCAGCAAAUCAAGAAUAUUGAUCUAUUGAUCAACGCAGCUGGAGUAUUGAUGGAUCGUGAUGUCGAGACAACUAUUGAUGUUAACUUGACUGGAUUGAUCAACACCAGUCUCUUGGCCUUGCCAUUGAUGGACAAAACCCAAAUGGGACGAGGUGGUCUCAUUCUAAACAUUUCUUCGGUUUAUGGUUUGGAACCAAAUGCUGCUCUAGCUGUUUACUCAGCUGCAAAACAUGGAGUCAUUGGAUUCACUCGUUCAUUGAGCGACGAAACCAUUCAACGUCGCACAGGAGUGUCGAUGAUUGCUGCCCUUCCGGGAUUGACACAAUCAGAACUUAUGAUGAACUUGCGAGACCGUACAACUUUGGACGCCACCAAGGAAUUGGCUGAUCAAAUGUUGGCUGCCAAACAACAAAAGCCCGAAGAAGUUGCUGCUAAUCUUAUCAAGGCUAUUGAAACCAACAAAAAUGGAGCCUUAUACAUUCUUAACUUGGGUAACCUCAAGGAAGUUACAUUGAACACACAAUGGCAAUUGUAAACAACAAAUUAAUUGUGAUCAAUCGAUAGGUACAACUCAAUUUAAAUGGCAAGCAAUUUGGAAUACUGAAUGAAUUCUUAUUUAGUCAAUAAAGAUAUUCCUUUGGUAUAUAUAAA